AUGUCGGCCAAACAUAAAUCACAGAUCAUGGCAUUCUAUCUCGAUCCGAUCAACCGCAAGUUUGCUGACGCGGCCGCUGCAGGCCCGCCACUAUAUACAAAGACCUACAAAGAAGCUCGCGAGGUACUAGAAAGUAUCCAGGACUACAAAAUUGCUUCCGACAUCACAAGUGAACAGGUCCAAGUUCCUGUCAACGAUGAGAAUGUGGCAGCAGUCAUCUUCCGCCCAGCUGCGGCGCAGGGCACCCUCAACAUGAUAUUCUACACACAUGGAGGCGGAUGGAUCCUUGGAAGCCCAGCCACCCACGGCGCUUUAAUGGAAGACCUAGCACGCCAAACUGGUGCCGCGGUCGUGUUCCCUUACUACACUCCAGCUCCCGAAGCACAGUACCCUGUCCAAUUUGAGCAAGUAUACGGCGUGCUUGAGCACUUUGUAAAAAAUGGCGACAAGUACAACAUCAAAGCCAAUCGAAUUGGUCUCGCUGGCGAUAGUGUUGGUGGCCACAUGGCUAUCGCAAUGACACAGCUCGCCCAUAGCCGUGGUCUUGCUUCCAAAAUCAGCCAGAUUGUCCUCUUUUACCCCGUCACAGACACGAACAGCAAAUCCGAAACGUACAAUACCUUCAAAGAUGGCCCCUACUUGUCGGAGAAGACGAUGGACUGGAUGAUACCAGCUUUCCUACCCAACCAGGAAGAUCGAAAGCUCCCACUAACCUCACCUCUUCAAUUUGCACCAGAUGAAGUACUCUCCAAGUUCCCGCCAACAACCAUCUUCGUCUCUGGCGCGGAUCCGUUGAUUGGAGAGGGAGAGGCGUUCGGCCAUAGGCUACAGGAGUUAGGCGUCGAUGCGUCAGUCAUCAAGGCAGAUGGACAAGUCCAUGACUUUGUCAUGUUGGCUCCUGUGAGGGAGUCCCCUACUGCCAGAGCUGUGGUCGAGCUAGCCACUUUAAAGUUGCUAAAGGCAUUCUCUGACAAUUAA